AUGAUGCUGCCUGCCAUCUGGCUGCUAUUGGCCCUACUGAGCUGCAGCCGAGCUUUUCGUAUCACGAAGGAGGCGACCCGGGUCUCUGCAUACAACUAUGAACCGUCUUCUACUGCUUCCCCAGGUAUCGUCUCGUGGGACCGCUUCAGCCUCCGCAUCAACGGCACUCGCGUGUUCUUACAAUCGGCCGAGUUUCACUACCAACGUCUGCCUGUGCCAGAACUGUGGCCAGAUAUAUUCCAAAAAUUCAGGGCCAACGGAUUUAAUGCCGUAAGCAUCUACUUUUUCUGGUCGUACCAUUCCGCCGCACCCGGCAUCUUCGAUUUUACCAGCCCUGCCAAAGACGUCCAGCGCCUGCUCGACGCCGCAAAGUCCGCCGGCCUCUGGGUCAUCGCCCGUCCAGGGCCGUACUGCAACGCCGAAACGAAUGCCGGCGGCCUUCCGCUCUGGGGCUCCGAUGGCAGUCUCGGGACCGUGAGAACCGACGAUGCGACCUAUCACAAAGCGUGGCAACCAUGGAUCGCGGCCAUCGGCAAGAUCAUUGCCAAAAACCAGAUCAGCAACGACGGUCCCAUCAUCUUGACACAGGUCGAGAAUGAGCUCACUGAGACACACCAUACCGCCAGCGACAGUCUCGUCAUUUAUAUGCAGCAACUCGAAGCUGCUCUGCGGGCCGCCGGCAUCAACACGCCGCUCACCAGCAACGAAAAGGGUAUGCGCGGUGCAGCAUCGUGGUCGUCCGAUUACCAGGACGUUGGUGGUGCCGUAGACAUCUAUGGCAUGGACAGCUAUCCGGGUGGCAUGUCGUGCACGAACCGUGCCUCGGGCUUCAACGUGGUCCGUACCUACGGUCAGUGGUUCAGCUCAUACGCAGCCUUACAGCCGGUGUCACUGCCGGAGUUUGAGGGCGGGUGGUUCUCUGGCUGGGGUGGGACAUUCUACGACGAGGUACGAGACAAAGUAGAGCGUCUGAACACCGCGAUACCUGAUGCUAACCAAACAGUGCGCCGCGGAACACUCGCCUGA